AAGUUAUAUACUGCACUUUAGUAUGAGUGCAACUGGCACGAGAGUAAAGGACUCUGGGAAGUCGCUUCAUGAGAGGACCAUAGAGUGUCGAGAGAAUGGCUACCUUCUCUCUGGCAAGAAGAUUGGGACAGGUGCUUUCUCCAAGGUCUACCUGGGGUACGCCACCCCAAAUAAGAUCAGUAAGAACUACAAGCUGGCCAAUGACCUGAGGAGCAAGAACCACAAUAUGGUGGCUAUCAAAAUCAUCUCUAUCAACGAGGCUCCCCUAGAAUACUCCAAGAAAUUCCUACACAGAGAGAUAUAUGCUCUGAACGCCACGUACAGACACCCAGGGGUGGUCCAGCUGUAUGACAUGUUCCGUUCACUGAAGCGGUUCUAUCUGAUUCUGGAGCUGGCUCUGAGCGGAGACCUUUUAGAACACAUCAACGCCGUGUCCCAUAGCAAGGGCAGCCCGGGCCUCAGUGAAGAGGAGGCUCGCAGGCUCUUCAAACAGAUAGUCAACGCUGUCAUGCACUGUCACAACAACCACAUAGUACACAGAGACCUGAAAUGUGAAAACAUACUGUUGGACGAGCAAGGAUUUGUGAAAUUAACUGACUUUGGCUUUGCCAACCACUACACAGACAGGAGUGCUCUGAUGAACACCUUCUGUGGUUCCGUAGCCUACACUGCCCCAGAGAUCCUACUGUCUCGCAAAUACAACGGAGAACAAGCUGACCUGUGGAGCCUAGGGGUGAUUCUGUAUGCCAUGGUCACAGGGAAGCUGCCCUACCAUGAGAAGCACCCACGCAAACUGGUCCAACUCAUCAGGAAAGAGCUGCCGUUCCACCACCCACUUUCUUCAGGCUGCCAGGACCUGAUUAAGAAGCUGUUAGAGUGGCAGCCCACCGCCCGCCUGCCUCUGGACCAGGUCAACACACACCAGUGGAUGAUGCCAUCCAUGACCGGCCCGCUCUACAAGCUGCGUGCCACCAGGAGCGACAUCACCCACAAGAACAAAGCCUUGGACAAGAAGCUUAAAGACGAUCCGACUGGAUGUGUAACAGGCCGCUCCUGCCACUCAGGCCCUGGCACCUUCACCCGUUCAUCCUUCAGACACACCAGCCUGCCUGAGAGGCCCCAGCGAACUGUAGUGGCCCCCCACUACCUCACCGGGGACAGCAGCGCCGGCUGCCAUCGCCGUGAACCGCCACAGGAGAAGAGAGAGGAGCCGCCCUGCCCCAAGCCCCCCUUGGUGUCCCCGUGUCGGCUCCUGAUGAGACCCACCCAAUGCCAGAGCACCAACACCAACCGUCUCUUCAUGACCCGGCCCCGGCCGCCCUUCGCCCCAAAGCCCUUCCACAACCUCCCCAACUUCAGGAAGCCUGGCUCGGCCAACAGGCAGCUGCAUAGCCCCUCAGGCAAGCUGACAACAGCCGCACCCCCAACCACCUUCUGA